AUGGUAAGAGUUUUCAGAUUUUAAGAAGCCAUACGAUGAAAUAUUUCAGAAAGCUGAUCCGGUAGUAUUCACUCUGUUUAAAACUCAAAAUGAAGGAGAAAAGGACGAAGAACUUCUCAAGUUUCCAGUUGUCGAUUAUCAAAGGCUUCCUUUGUCAUUAGAGGAGCCGACAGUUCAGGAAUCUUCAAGCGGUCUUGUCGAAGGUCCCGUAAAUUUCGAUUUAUUCUGUUAUUUGUUCCAAAUUUCAGAAAGUCACCAAAAUCCACUAUCUUUUGUCGAUGAGGCAGCAAUCGGUGCGAUAGGCGAUUAUCAGGCUAACACCGGAAAAAGAGAGAAUCUUCCAGAAACCAUUACUGUUCGUUUUGAUAUUAUUUGAACACCUUUUUUGAAUUUCAAUCCGUCAUUGAUGAUUGAAGACGAGUCUGAGUUACUAGAAUCUAUUUGAAAUCGAAUUUAUCCAUUUUUUUUUUUUUGCUUUCUUUGUCUCGACCAUGAAAGCCAAUUGAGAACAGAAAAAAAAAACUGAGACGCUUGAGGGAAAUAUUAGCGGCUUAGCAAAGAUGUUACGUGAAAAAAACCAAAUCGCUGUAAGUUUUGAUUAAAAAUCAACCUGAAACCAAAUGGCGCAGAAAAAAAUCUGCGCCUAAAUACGAAGGAAUUGGUUUGAAAGGUCCAAAUUUUCCUUUGAUAGAUCGGAACUUCUGUAAGCUGUUUUUCCCUAAGAAUAUUUUUCCAUUACAGCCGGUUUUUUUCAAUAAGAGAUUUUCUGGGUUUUUGUGCUCAAACUCAAUGAAAUUUUUUCAGCUCAAUGGAAAGCCACUGGUGCCAUUUUCUCCGACAAACAACGACCAGUUCGUUUUCGACUACUACAGGAUCCAGCCAUCAGGGCGAGGGCUGGACAGCAGCCAAGUGGCGAUGUACAAUGCAGAGAUCGCAGUGGCAAAUGCGGUUUGCGACGAACUUUUCGACGUUAGAUUCACUAGCAAGUGUGGUCGGGGGCUGAUUCCACAGACUCAUUGGAAAAGUUGAGAAUCGAAGCCGAACUCGUUCACGAGCUCGCAGAUUCUGAAGGCAGCGACGUCGCCGCCGACGACGACGACGAUUCCAACGCCGAAAACAACUGGCGCAACGAAUAUCCUGACGAGGACUCUGCCGAUGAUUACGAAGAGCACGAUGUCAGUUUCUCACUGAUUGGUAAUUAAUUUCAAAAAAUAUUUUGUUUAGAACAGUGGUAUCCUCGAAACUUUCCUAUCAGUCAUUAUGUUGUUUUUAUUUUAGAAAAAUCUAAUUCAUCUGAACGAUAUUCUCCAUAACAAUAGGAUCAAUUUGUUUUUAAGUGUGAGAUCAAAUUAGAUUGAGAUCAUUUCUCUAAAUAUAAUUUUCUGAAUUUUCUCGAUGUUCAAUCUCAAGAUGGCAAUUCAUGAGGAGCUUUCAUUUUCUGUUCAAUAAAAUUAUGUGCUGUAGCGGAAAUCGAAAAUCUUCAUCAAAAAGUUUUAUUAGCUUUCGUUCGAAUAAUUUAAAAAAGAAAGUUUUGACUUGAAUGCAUUAGGACACGGAUUUCGACGAUUACGACGAUGAACGGCGUUGGCGUCAAGAGGCAUAUUCUGAAGAAGGCGUCCGUCACCAGCUGGAGAAGUUCUCCGUCGGGAACCGCAAUGAGCCUUAUCUGAAUGACUCGACAGACGAAGAUUAG